GCAGUCAAUUUCAUAUAUCAAUCAGGUUAUUAUGUACGCAUCGACUUAAAAAUUAAAUCGAUAAAUAAUUGGUCAUAAAAGAAAUUAAUCAAAUAAUUAAUAUAAUUUUUUUUAUAUAAUUUUCUCAUUCAAACAUAAAUGGUGCAUCUUAGAUAAUCGACGAGACGAAACAAAUAAACAAAUAUCGAAAAUGGAACUCGUAGAAUUGUACAAUUAUUAUUGGAACGAGAGAGCUGAUUCAAGAACGAACAAUUUACCAUUAAUGGGAUCACCCAUCAUUAUUCCUACCAUUAUAUUUUCAUACUUGUACUUCGUCCUAAAAUGUGGUCCACAAUUUAUGAAAAACCGAAAGCCGUAUAACUUGAAAACAUUUAUCCAAUGGUACAACAUCUUUCAAAUCAUCGCCAACGCGUAUCUAGUGCAACAAAACAUAAGUGCAGGCUGGUUCUCCGAGAUAAGCAUAUUCUGCGAAAUGCCAGAUUAUUCGUAUAAACCUGGCCCACUGAAGAUAGCUCAUACGAUGUGGUUAACGACAAUAUUGAAAUUGAUCGAUCUCGUGGAAACAAUGAUAUUCGUGUUGAGAAAGAAGCAGGAACAAAUAUCAUUUUUACACGUGUACCAUCACGUGUCCAUGGUCCUUUUAAUGUGGUACAUGACGAAAUAUUACGCUGUCAUCAUGACCUCGUUCGGUAUUUUGAUAAAUUGUACCGUACACGUGAUCAUGUACACGUAUUAUUAUCUGAGCACGCUUGGGCCGAAUAUGCAAAAAAAAUUGUCUUUGUAUAAACCAAUAAUAACCACGGUGCAAAUGGUCCAAUUCGUUAUUUGUAUACUGUAUGCAUUACAAGCAUAUUCUCCGUCUUGCCCUGUAUCGAAAGUGCCAGUAAACACCGCAAUCUUUCAGUUAAUCGUAAAUUUCUUACUUUUCUACAAUUUUUAUAGACAGAAUUACACAAAAUCGGUUCAAAAGAAAUGUUGAAUCGAAUAACGAUACACGCGUUCAACGAACAUUUUCAACAAUUAGACGGGAAUGACGAUGAAAAUAUUCCACAUUCGUGAAUUAUUGAUAAAGAUUUAGAUAUUGUAUUGUAAUUUAUUUAUCGAUAAUGUACGUGUAAGAUAUUAAAUGUCUGUAAAAGAUAUAUGAUUAUAAUAAUAAAAAGUAAGAGAAAUUUUAAAGUAUUUUAAAGUUCAAUGAAUUGUAAAUAUCGUAAGAUACGUUAUCAAAAUAAAUUAUUUUAUGCGCAAG